AUGGAGCGCGCGGAGAACGAGCGGCUGCGGAGGAUGGCGCAGGGGAAGUGCCUGGAGAACCUGCUCAUCAUGCAGGAGAACGAGUGGAUGCGGAGGAAGGCGCAGCAGCUGGACCAGGAGAACAAGGCCCUCCUCGCCGAGCUCAAGCAGCGCCAGCAGCAGCAGCACCAGGGUGCCGCCGGCCCUUCCGGCUCCGUCUCCGGUUCUGGUUCUGCCGCCGCCGCCAACCUCAAGGCGAAGGCGGCCGGCGGCAAGCAGCAGCAGCCCAAGUGA